CUCUGUGCCGACUCCCGUGAAUACAACAAGUCCACGUGUCACACCUUGCAAGCGUCGCCCUGAGCUUCAACGUAGGACUCGACAACAAUGGCGUUGUGAAUAAUAAAUUUAGCGCGCACCUGUAUCAAGGUUUAUAACCGUUACGAAUUGUCCUAAGCUGUAACAAAGAAGGAAGGAGACCGGUUGAACAUGGCGUGGAGUCUCAUUUGCAUAAAGGCCCAGAAAUAGCUAAAUGUAUGAGCUCUGAAACCUGCAAACCUGUUCGCUGCUGAAACUUUUGAAGUGAAACUUUUAUAUUCUUGAGGAAAGGACAACAAGCAUAAUCUGCAACAAUGUUUAUCGAAACGCUCGAGUUCACUAUUCCAAUAGAUUUGUGUGACCUAUUUUCUACUUUGAAGAAGGGACCAAGAUCCAAUCUUGAAUUCCCGGCGUCAGUGAACUCAUAUGGCACAACGCAAGACGCCAGUAUUCAGGUGGCUUUAAGAUCAAACAAAUUGACGUUCAAAGUGGACGGUGUGUCGUCUGAUGCAAGCAUGAUAUCAAAGAGUGAAUGUAAGACAUUAAAACUCUCUAUAUUUGAUGUGGAUCGCACAUUAAUGCCUCAGGAAAGUUACUAUUCUGAAGCACCUUCACAUUCUGUUUCCAUGUCAUUUCCUGCCAAAAGAUCACGAGAUUUUUCUGCUUCAGUGAAAUCACCUCCUGCAAAGAGCAGUAGGACUUCUUAUUCAGACACCUCGAGGGGAAAUACACCAGUUCAAUUUCAAAAUCAGAAUAAUUCUCGUACCUCAGAACAAUUGCAUUCUAGAACUCCAAGUGACUCUCGUGUCAAUGUGAAACUAGAACCAGAAGAUCCAGAUUUAAUAGAAAUAGAACCAGAUCCAGAACCGGAUGACAUUGUGCCAAAGAAAGAGACUCCAUACAUGCAAAUAGAUUAUUCAUCAGAUGUACCUCAUACGCAAACGUCCCAAGCAGCUCUAGAUCGACUCUCUCAUCCACAAUCAUCACAUUCUCAAUCACCCGGUUCUUCAUCUUCGUCUUUCCAUCAAAACGUUCCACAUGUGCCAGAUUACGCCGAACCCAGUACUAGUCAAGUUCAUCAUGGUGACCAAAGUGCAGAUGACUUUUUAGUGUUUCAAGAACAAGAUGAUAACGACUGUGAUAACGACAAUGAUGCAGACUUUGACAAUGAAGAUGAACUUGUUCAGGAUUGUCAUGGUAUCAUUCCCAAUUUCCAUACCUUUGAUAGGAGCUUUGCACUACCACAGGCUAGCUCAGGUCGGAGUCCAUACAGAGUUUAUCCUGAGCCAGUCAAUGGGAACUAUCACUGCCCUGUCUGUGACAAAGUGUUUGCCAGUCAUGGAGCAAGAUGGAACCAUGUAGGCGCUGUACAUGACCGACAGGUGUAUGCUUGUGUGUGUGGCAAGAAAUACAAUUUCGGAACUUCCCUGUCCAGACAUAAGAAAUCUUGUUCUUGGUGCAUCACAAUGCCUCUCUGAUGUAGCAGAUGGUGAUUGGUCAUUCCUGACCAAUGUAAAUGCCAGAUUGGUUAUGGAGACUGUAUAUUACACAAAGUUUGUUGGCUUUGUGGUAGAUGUGGGAGCUGGUUGUGAAGAAGACCUGAUCGAGUUCCCCACAUGGGUUUAUAAUCAAAUCAGUUGUUGGUGAAUGCAAAUUUGACUUUUCAAGGGAAGCAGUAUCAUUAUUCAGGAGACAUUGAUCAUUGUUUUUGCAUCAUGGAAGAAACUCUUAUAGGGGAAUAACCAAUAUUUUCAUCAGUUUGAUCCAUUUGUAUCAAGGACAUGAUAUGGCCAGAUUUGUUAAAAGCAAAUUCUAAGACACUUCAAAUUAAGUUUACUGUUCCUGAUAUUGUUGCCGAAGGUUGUGUCCCUUUCAAUUCAUAAUUUGUAUACAAGGAAACAUCUUGUGAUGUUAAAUACUAGCUGAAAUACUUGCCAGCCCUGACCAAAACCUGCCUGCCCACUAUAAUCAUAUGUUUCUCAGGAUAAUUUAAUUGAAAGUUUAAAUCGAAUUCAAUGAAUAUGAAGUAAUGCAAGAAAAGAAAUAGCAAACACUUUUUAGGACAGAUUUGUAUUUACAUCCUAGAAUACAUCAUGUAAAUAAUGAGUAUCAUCGGGAAAUAUUUAGAAUAUUUUUACAUAUGAAAUAUAACCCGACCGUCGGGCAGGGGGAUUUGAAAAUCUGGCAGCCCGAGUUGAAAUCAACCCGUCUCAGACGGUCGGGCAACACUGUUUCCAUGCACACACAUCUGCAGACAGUUACACCAUAUCUGAAACACCCAGAGUAGAAAGAUGGACUUGAAGCAUGAACUUGAACCUGCUUUUUGUUGCUUGCAGGUUUUGUCCUUGAGAACCCGUUCCCCGCAGGGCUUAAUGUAGCCCUUGGACAUAUUCAUGGCAGACCAUUUGCAGAGCAAGCCCCCAUUACUCUGAUGAAAUCACACGUUCCUACCCACACAGGGCUGUUCCCAUGUUCUCAGUGUGACAAAGUGUUCUCUGGUCGGGGGGCCAGAUGGAACCAUGUUAAGGCUAUCCAUGACCAGGCCACCUUUGCCUGUGUCUGUGGUGUGACUUACAACUACUGCAAUGCCUUGUCCAGGCAUAAGAAGAAGUGUUCCAUGUGUGUUGGGUAUCACAGAUAGGCGAUUUCCCAGAAACUUCCUGUUGAAUUUCUGUUAUACUGGCUGGUGUAUUUUCAGACCACAUAGCAUUUCAGGUCAGGUUCAACAGAACUGGAAUAUUUCUGUUGAACAUACAGGAUAUCAGUGUGGAGUGGGUUAGAAAUACUUUCCUGUUUGUCACAGAUCUCUGAGUUUAGAGGACUCCUUUCUUCUGAAUAUCUUGCAGUAGCUAAUGAAUAUGCAGUGUGUCAAUGGGUACUUUUUGUUGUUUCAGGUUCAGUUGGUUAUGGAGGUGCUUCUCGACAAGCUGUAACAUUGCUCAGAGGGCAAGCUUAUCAUGGACGAGUUCCAAUAGGUGUUCGGUUGUCAGAAGGGGGUCUGGAUGACGGUGGGGGUCAGUGGUCGGUAGGGAGUCAGGGUGAUGAAUGGGAUCAGUGGCGUCAAUCUGAUCCAGGGAUCCAGGGGGGCCAGGGGACGUAUCCGUGUCCGAAUUGCGAUCGGGUGUUUGUUACAAGCACUGCCAGGAAAUAUCAUGUUGAGGCUGUACAUGAUCUUAUGAUCUUUACCUGUGUCUGUGGGAAGAUGUACAAGUACCGAUCAAGCUUACAGAAACAUUUGAGAAACAGUAAAGUGUGUGCUGCACAAACAAGUCAUGCAAAGUCAUCACAGGGCAGUGAAGUGACGAUGACAACUUUCCACUGAUUCGAGGGCAGCGGCAAUGUAUUUCUCCUAUAUCUUGACUCUCUUCAUAUUGAGAUCUGAAAUACUUCAUGAUGUUACUUCUGUUGAAUAAGUGCGUUUUGUUUGAGUUUUUUUCUAAAGCAAAGCCAGAUGUUUUACUUAUUAUUUCAAACAAUCACUUUCAGCAUUUUGUGUUUGUUUCUUCACCUGAUAAUAACUUCAAUGUGAAGUUUAUGCGUUAUGUGGCUUUUCCAUUGGACGAGAUGUUGGUCACAUAACCGAAACUGAAGUGGCUCUCAUUCUGUGAAGGUUCAUACACCAAUGAACUCACUCAAAGUGGAAGUCAAUUCUUAUAUACUAUCAAAACUGAAUAGGCCAAAACAAAUUUCUUUGGACAUGUAGGGGCAUGGGUGGCCCAAUCAUCUCAGGCGCCGUGAUUUGCUGUGAAGAAUUGUCCUUCAGGCACGCCGGAAACCUAUCAUUGAGGGUUCGAAUCCCGGUUCGCACCGAUUAUGUUUCUAGGUUUGUCAGCACCAUACCUGUGCUCGUGGGUUUCACCGAAGUUGUAAACGUCUGAGACCUGCAUCACUUCGGGCUUUCCUCCCACAUUAAGCUGACACGCCGUGAUAUAACUGGAAUACUGUUAAAAGUGGCGUUAAACCCAACUCACUCACUCACUCACUCACUCAUUUGGACAUAUGUUGAUGUAUGAUACCGAUGUUAUUGCUUUUUAUCAAUUCUAUGUAGUUCAGCAUAAAUCAUCGUUUCUUGAGCUACAUAUGCAGGAUUUUACUUUUAUAAUGUUAAUAAUGAGGUUUAGCAAGGUCACGUCUUGUUGGUCAUUUUUCUACUGUGCAAGAGUCUCUUUAAAAGGCAACAGGAACCAGAACUGUUGCAUGGUUUAUAUCAAGAAGAUGGGAACAUUCUUGUUCUGUGUACACAGGAUAUUACCCUGUGUUGGAUUUUGUAUACAGAUUGUGAAUACAGUACAUGUUUGUACAAUAAUUGUCAUAAUAAACAAUCAUAUGAAUAAUA